AUGGCCCGUCGCUCUCACACUGACUGGGGGCGCUCCUCCCCUCCUGCUCGUCGCAGCAGCACCAGCAGCAGGGAUUUGGUGACGGUGGGGGCGGGCAGGAGAGACGGGAGAGACGGGCACGUGCAAGAAGGAGGGGCAAGGAAGGAUCGGCGCCGGCAAGACGAGGCCCGGUUUUCCCAGAGGCGAACGGGGUUCACUACGAAGUAUGGUAGUCCGAGCGAUGGGGGCAGGGCGAGGAGCAGCAGCGGCGGACAGGCAGAGCAAGGGGAAGGGGGUGCGGCGGAGGACGAUGAGGACGAUGAGGAAGAGGAGGAUGAGGAGGAGGAGGAGGAAGAGGAGGAGGAAGGGGACGAUCAUGGGAGUGAGAGCCACGGUGAGGGGGAUGCACGAGAAAUGGGUGAGGAAGGGGAAGAGGAGGAGGAGGAGGGGGAAGACGAGGAGGAGGAGGAGGAGGAGGAGGAGGAAGAAGAGGAGGAGGAAGAGGAGGAGGACGAUGACCGAUACGAUGGGGAGAAUGAACGUGAGCACAAGCAGCAGGGCAGGGGAAUCGGGGCUGCGAGAGGGGUGGCGCGCGGAUCGAUGCAAGGAGUACCGGGAAAGGCCCAGGGUCGGUUGGGUGUUCAGGAGGAGGAUGGGCGACAGGAGGGGAGGGCGAAGCGAAACCGGGGGUUGCCAGGGCUGGAGAAGGAGCGGGAAGGCCAAGGAGCAGUGAAGGAUGCUGGGCGGGGGUUGAAGUGGCAGUUGAGAGACGAGAAAGAGCGUGGGCAGAGGGGCAGGAGCAGAGAGCGCGGGGAGAGGGGGAGGAGCGGCGAGCGAGGGGAGAAGGAGGCCAGGGGGGUGGAGGGUCGAUUGGAGAGAGGCGGUGGGGGGCAACAGGAGGGCGGGGAAAGGGAGAAGGAUGGUGGUCGCGGGGUGGGUAAGGGUGGAAGCUUGCGCGAGGCUGAAGCGGGCAGAGGGCAUGGUACAGCAGAGGCACAGGAGGAGGAGGAGGAGGAGGAGGAGGAAGAGGAGGAGGAAGAUGAGGACGAUGAAGAGGAGGAAGAAGGGGAGGAGGAGGAAGGCGAGGAGGAUAGAUAUCCACGCACUCGAUCCAGAGCGGCGAGAGCAGACGAAGGGGAGGAUGGGCAUGCAGAGGGGGAAGAAGAUGAGGAGGAGGAGGAAGAGGAAGAGGAGGAAGAGGAGGAGGAGGAGGAGGAGGAAGAGGAAGAAGAGGAGGAGAAGGAGGAGGGACGAGGGCGGUAUGCACUGCGAAGCAGGGAACCAGCGCUGCGGCCACAACAGCAGCAGCAGCAGCAGCAGCAAGAGCAGCAGAAGCGCGGUGGGGGUUUGGCAUCGUCUGGAGCCCAGUUUACUCUGCGCACUCGAGGGGCUCUACGCAGGUUCACUGCUGAAUCAAGCCAGCAGCACACAGGGGGCAAUGCAAGAGCAGGCUCAGGAGCAGGAGCAGCAGGCGCAGCAGGAGCAGGUGGUGGUGGUGGUGGCACCAGUGGUGGUAAGUCACAUGAGGGGCAGCGCCAUUCCCUCAGAGUCUCCCUUGCUGCUGCGGCCAGGCAGCAACAACAGCAGCAGCAGCAGCAGCAGCAGCAGCAGCAGCAGCAGCAGCAGCAGCAGCAACAGCAGCGGCAGCAGCAGCAGCCUCACCACCACUCCCACAGCCAGCAUCAGCAGCAGUACGGGCGGGGGGGAUCAGCAGGCGGAGCAGGAGCAGGGGGCGGGUCGUCACGGCGCUCCCUGCGAGCCGGUGAUGCGUCAGACGACUCUCUGGUAGUAGAUGAUACAGAGAUGCGAAGCUUGGGCGCGCACUGGGGCGGAGAAGGCCCUCUCGAGCACUCCAUUCUCUCCCAUGGCGUGGAGGCAAUCGGUCCUGCAGCAUGGGGAGGACCUGAUGGUGCUGCUGCUAGUGGCUGGGCGUGGCAGCAGGGAGGAGGUGCAGCAGGGGGUGAGGGACGGGGGCGCGGUGGGGAGGAAGUGGCGGGGAGUCCGGUUGGUGUCGUGGCAGGUGGGCUUGGCUUUGCUGCCAUGCCAGGAGGGGGAGGAGGAGGAGGAGGAGGAGGUGCGGGCAGAGGUGGGGUAGCAGCAGGUACCCCAGGCGCAGGAGGAGGGGGAGGAGGAGCAGGCGGGGCAGGAGGAGGAGGAGGUGGGGGAGGAGGAGGAGGAGGAGGAGGAGGAGGAGGAGGAGGAGGAGGAGGAGGAGGAGGAGCAGGAGGAGUGGGUGGAGCAGUGGCAGCAGGGCUGGGUGCAGUGAUGGGUAAGUCAUCAACCUCCUGGUCCAAAGUAGGGGCGGACGUACAGCCUCUCCGUGUCGACCCCUCAGUCACGUUCGACCAAGUUGGCGGGCUUUCCAAGUACAUAGGAGCACUCAAAGAAAUGGUCUUCUUCCCGCUGCUCUACCCGGAGUUCUUCGCUCGAUACAGCAUAUCUCCCCCGAAAGGCGUGCUGCUCUGCGGCCCCCCUGGGACUGGGAAAACCCUAGUGGUGCGCGCACUGGCAAGUGCGGCAGCGAGAGCAGGCUCAAACGUGUCGUUUUUCAUGAGGAAAGGCGCGGAUGUGCUGAGUAAGUGGGUGGGCGAGUCGGAGCGGCAGCUGCGGGCGCUGUUUGACGAGGCGGCGCGCCUCGCACCGUCGAUUAUAUUUUUUGAUGAGAUCGACGGCCUCGCGCCCGUCCGAUCGAGCAAGCAGGAGCAGAUCCACAACUCGAUUGUGUCCACGCUGCUGGCGCUAAUGGACGGCCUGGAUUCGCGCGGGCAGGUGAUUGUGAUCGGAGCGACGAACCGGGUCGAUGCAGUCGACGGGGCCUUGCGCAGACCAGGCAGAUUCGACCGGGAGUUCUUCUUUCCGCUCCCAGACGUGCACGCCCGGGAGGAAAUCCUCCGAAUCCACACCAGCAAGUGGGAGAGAAAGCCAGAGGAGGGGUUGGUGAAAGAGCUAGCGGAGAGAAGCGUGGGUUUCUGUGGAGCAGACAUGCGGGCGCUGUGUGCGGAGGCUGCGAUCCGGGCGUUCAGGCGGAUGUACCCGCAGGUGUAUGAGAGCGAGGAGCGGUUUGUGAUCGACCCGUCGACGGUUAGAGUUAACCGCUCGCACUUUCUCGAGGCGCUGCUGGAUGUGAAGCCUGCUGCGCACCGCGCGGCGUCGUUGACCCCUGCGCCGCUGCCCCCUGCUGUGGCUCCACUGCUGAAGCGUCAGUUGGGGGAUGUUGUGGGGGCGCUUGGGGAUGGGUUUCCUGGGUUGCUGGAGGAGCGGGAGGAGUGGGAGGGCGGGGAGGAGGAGGGGGGUGAGGAGGAGGGUGGAGACGGGGAGGGAGAAAGCGGAAGGUGGUUAGGAAGGAUGGGGAGGGAGGGGAGGAACUGGAGUUAG